AUGCCGAUUAGGUUGAAUUUUAAGCGCACACAUAGGUAUAAUGUAUCUGCUAAAGAUUUGUAUGUGAUACCCAUAUACUCUCUUGAUAACACAUGCGUGGAAUACACUGUUUCCCCCACCACGACUGGUCGUGAUGCAUUAGAAUAUGUUGCACAACGUCUAGAUAUCGAAGACACAUGCUUCUUUGGCUUCCGGUUUGAGGCUUGGAGUGACAAUCAGAGGUGGCUCUUUCUAAAUAAACCGGUGAAGAAACAGCUGGAUAAGUAUGCACGGCAACAUGCACUGGUCCUGUGCAUUAUGCUGUUUAUAGACAACCCGCAGUAUCUACCGAGUGCACGACUAAGACGCUAUUUUUACCUCCAGUUGCGUCAGGAUGUCGCAACCGGCCAACUCAAGUUAACAUCGAAGCAGGCUAUCAAACUGACCGCAUACAGUCUGCAGGCUGAUCACGGAGAUUACGUAGAUUUUGAGACAACGGCUAUGCUUUGGCGCGAGCGACCAGCAGUUGCCGAGUCAGCAUUGACGGGUGCAUCUGAACUCUGUAACGUGGAACAUGUAGACGAUAUAAUAUGGGGCUACUGCCAGUUACGUGGUGUCAGUCAAGAUCAUGCUAUCUGGUACUAUCUAGACGAAAUUCGACGACUUUCAAGUUAUGGUGUUCAACUCUUCUACGGUUCUGUGAGUUGA